UGCAUCUGAGUCUGGUAGCUACCGGAGAGAGAGAGAGAGAGAGAGAUCGCAGUGAUCACAUCAGAGCAAAAAGGAAAGAGAAUAGAAUCGUGGAUCGUUUCCAGAGCUAAAGGAAUCGAGAAGAGAAGGAGUGAGCAACGAUGUUACCAACAUCUUCCAAAGGACGCUCUUCUUCUUCGUCUUCAUCCUCCUCCUCCUCCUCCUCUUCCUCUCGACCUAAUCCCAUGUUGCUUCCCUACCUCCGCAGAAUCAUCAAGUGGCAACAAAUGGAUAUUGAAUAUACUUUUUGGCAAAUGCUUCAUCUAUGUACGUCACCAAAAGUUGUCUAUCAGCAUACUAAAUAUCACAAACAAACCAAGAAUCAAUGGGCACGUGACGACCCUGCGUUUGUUGUGAUCUGCAGCCUUCUUUUGGCCGUUGCAACUUUGGCUUACUGUGCUGCGUAUGACCAUAGUACUGCACAUUCUCUUCUUGUUGUCUUCUCUGUGUUGCUUUUCCACUUUUUAUUGACUGGUGUAUUUCUGGCAACUUUUUGCUGGUUCCUGACUAAUGCUUAUCUUCGAGAAGAGGCUCCAAACAGUUAUGUGGUUGAACAGCGUGUUGAAUGGAUGUAUGCAUUUGAUGUGCACUGCAACUCUUUCUUCCCAAUGUUUGUUUUGCUAUAUGUGAUCCAUUAUUUUCUAUCUCCUCUAUUGGUGGCUCAUGGUUUCAUUCCAGUGUUGCUGUCAAAUCUACUAUUCAUGGUGGGCGCUUCGUACUAUCAUUAUCUAAAUUUCUUAGGUUAUGAUGUUCUGCCCUUUUUGGAGAGGACCACCUUUUUCCUGUACCCAAUUGGUGUCGUAAUUGUCCUUUCUCCCAUUUUUAUUUUGAGUGGGUUCAAUCCUUCUAGAUACUUUAUGAACAUGUACUUCAGUCGACAAAUAUGAUCAUUCCAGCUAAAACUUUUGACCUGUCAGUGUCCUUGAGAUUAUAGGGUCUUCAGAGACUACAACGUGAGAAGGCUUUAAUGAAUGAUUAUUUGUUUGAAGAAUGCAAUGGUCCUGCAAUGCUUCAUUUUAGGCCUUCUACCACCACCAAUCGAAGUUGGACUGUAGUAAAUGAGGGUAGCCAGUGUAUUUUUUACAGUUAUUAAAUAGAAUAUUUGUUCAAAUGAAUAUACUCAUUACAAUGAAUUUUCUUUGUCAAUGCGGCAUCUUUCCUCCCCCCAAGAACAAUUCUAUUGAAAAAAUUAUUUCAUGAGGCUAGCUAUUUGCUG